AUGAUUGAGGGAAUGGUGAAGGAUGGUGUUAUUGAACCUUCAUCUAGUCCAUGGUGUUCACCUGUGGUGCUGGUAAAGAAGAAGGACGGCAGCAUGCGGUUUUGUGUUGACUACCGCCGCCUGAACGACGUUACGAAGAAGGACAGCUAUCCCUUGCCUAGAAUUGAUGACACGCUGGAUAUGCUCACAGGCGUAAAGUGGUUUAGUACGCUGGAUCUGAAAAGUGGCUACUGGCAGGUUGAAAUCGACCCUAAGGACAAGGAGAAAACUGCAUUCUCCACAGGAAAGGGCCUGUGGCAAUUUAAAGUCAUGCCGUUUGGAUUGUGCAAUGCUCCAGCAACGUUUGAAAGGUUGAUGGAGCUUGUACUUACCGGGCUAAUUGGAGAUGCCUGUCUCGUCUAUUUGGAUGACAUCAUCAUCGUAGGCCGUACGUUUGAGGAACACCUUCAAAACCUGGAACGCGUGCUCAUGAAGAUCCAGAGUGCCAACCUCAAGUUGAGUCCAAAGAAGUGCUCACUAUUCAAACGGCAAGUUAGUUUUUUGGGGUAUGUAGUGUCGGAAGAAGGUAUCCGCACGGAUCCAGAGAAAAUUGCUGCUGUCAAGGAGUGGCCGGUCCCAAAAGACAAGACACAGGUUAGAGCAUUUUUGGGUUUGUGCUCUUAUUAUCGGCGAUUUGUGAAGAACUUUGCAGAUAUAGCCAAACCUCUGCACAAGCUAACCGAGGAGAAGCGACAAUUCUGCUGGGAUGAAAGUUGCGAUAUUGCAUUCCAGGACCUCAAGAACCGCCUGUGCAAAACACCUAUUUUGGGGUACCCUGAUGCGGGCAAGGAAUUCAUAGUUGACACAGACGCAAGUGAUAUAGGACUUGGCGGUGUGUUGUCUCAACGGAAUGGUGAUCAAGAGAUUGUGAUAGCGUACUUCAGCAAGUCGUUGUCAAAGCCGGAAAGGAACUAUUGUGUCACAAGACGGGAAUUGCUUGCUGUGGUAAAGUCCUUGCAGCAUUUUAGCAAAUAUCUUCUAGGGCGGAAAUUCCACUUACGAACUGACCAUGCUGCACUGAAAUGGCUAUUGCAGUUCAAAAAUCCGGAAGGACAAGUUGCGAGAUGGAUAGAACUACUGCAGGAAUAUGACUUUGUGAUCGAACAUCGCAGCGGGAAAUCUCAUGGCAAUGCAGAUGCAUUGUCAAGAAGACCUUGCCCUGAAGAUUGCAAUCAUUGUACUAGGCAAGAGGGUAAGGAAGUGGUAUCUGUGAGAAUGCUCAGGACAGACCAGCUCAGCAAUGAGUGGAAGGACAGCCUACAACAUGCACAGCAGGAAGAUUCGGACAUUAAGCCGAUUCUGGAAUGGAUGAAGGCCAGUGCUCCUAAGCCCAAGUGGAGCGACGUCUCAGCAAUAAGUUCGACCACGAAAAGCUAUGGGCCCAAUGGGACAGCUUGCUGA